AAGUCAAAGAAAUAUUGUCCUUUUUCUGUCCUUCUUCCUCCUUUGCCCUUCUUUUCCUUCUUUCUCUUCUUUCUCCUCUUCAACAACUCGUCUUCUCUAUACCUCCUUUCUCCUCUUCAACAAAUCUUCUUGUUCUGGCCGCUCAGUGGAACCUCUCGGCUCGCAUUAGGUGCUAUUAUCUCUGAUCGAUGUUGCCUUGCAUCUCUUCCAACGCCGCCGAUCCUGUACCCUUGGGCUUGUUCUCUCGGCGGAUGCCUUUGUUCUGCCAUCAUUUGAAUCAACCAACAUCCUUAAUGAUGGAGAUAUCAUCAGGAGGAAGAAGAAGUCAAAACUGGUUAUUUUUGAUAAAGCUGUGGUUUCUGAUGAAGAUGCUGAAUAUGUUCUUUUGCUGCAGAGACGUCCAUGUUCAGCAAUAGCUGACAAUACUUGUGAUAGGCCACAUGUAAAAGAAAAGCUACUUGGAGAAAAGGGUAAAUCAAAUGCAGUUACCUUCUCUCCAGCGGGUUGUAGUGCUAUGAAGACAACUGAUUGCGUACUUGAUGGACGGAGACUUACGAGAAGAGAGGUUAGAGAGGUGCGGAGAAUUCUUCUCCGCAUUCUCGAGUCGGUCCUUUGUUCGGCUGCUGGUGCUGCAACAGGCCGGAUAGUGGGAUAUAUGAUGAAGUCUAAGAAUUCCACAACUGUGGAAUCAUCUCAGGCAUCCAAAAUUGAAAGAAAGCUGUGCCAAGAAGUACAAGAAUUUGAAAGAGAACCUCCAUUUUCCACUAUCGAAAACCUUAAGGAAGAUUCUGAGAUGGAGCUGCAAAAAUCAAUUACUGAUUCUGAUAAAGUGUUUUACUUCUCUAAUGGCGAUGACCCUACAGUUGAUGCUGAACGAGCUCUCCAAGAAUCAAUGGCCGAAGCUGAAAAGGCCCUCCACAGCUCAAUGAGUAACGCUGAAGAGAGUAUACAGGACUCGAUCCACCAGGUGGAUGAAAAUCCUUGUCAUCAUCAUUUUGUGAUAUUAAAGAAGACGUGGAUAUCUCUGACCCAUUUUCUGAGCCAUAAGGUUCAUGAUUGGCUGUUAGAGCGCCUGCAGCCAUUGGCGUCUGCAUUUUAAGGCAAAUACACCAUUUGAUCAUUUUUUGGUCAAAAUUACAAAUUACCUCAAGCCUGCAUUUUAAGGCGAAUACACCAUUUGAGCUU